AUGGGGAGCUGUGCGAGCCGCGCGGGCCGGGCUCGCGAACCUGGCUCGGGUCCGGAGACCGUGCGGCCUUUUUCCCCCUCCCCUGCAAAGACAAUCACACCACAGAAUGCUCCAAGAGAGGAAUCUAGGGGGCGGUCCUCUUUCUAUCCUGAUGGAGGAGAUCAGGAAACAGCCAAGACAGGAAAGUUUUUAAAAAGGUUCACAGAUGAAGAGUCUAGAGUGUUCCUGCUUGAUAGGGGUAACCCCAGGGAUAAAGAGGCUCCAAAGGAGAAAGGGUCAGAGAAAGAAGAAAAAGAGAGUAAGAAAGAAAGAGAAGAAGAGUUUAAAACUCACCAUGAGAUGAAAGACUACUCGGGAUUUGCAGGAGUUAGCAGACCUCGAGGAACCUUUUUUCGAAUUAGAGGCAGAGGAAGAGCCAGAGGAGUUUUUGCUGGGACAAAUACUGGUCCAAACAACUCAAAUACUACUUUUCAAAAGAGACCGAAGGAAGAGGAAUGGGAUCCAGAAUAUACCCCAAAGAGCAAGAAGUACUUCUUGCAUGAUGACAGAGAUGAUGGUGUGGACUAUUGGGCCAAAAGAGGAAGAGGUCGUGGUACUUUUCAACGCGGCAGAGGGCGCUUUAAUUUCAAAAAAUCAGGUAGCAGUCCAAAAUGGACUCAUGACAAAUACCAAGGGGAUGGGAUUGUUGAAGAUGAAGAGGAGACCAUGGAAAAUAAUGAAGAGAAGAAGGACAGACGCAAAGAAGAAAAGGAAUAGUCUGAAGAUUGCAACAGAGAGCAGAACUUGACACACAUUUUUUUAAACCUGAUUUUUGUUUUCAAAUAAGAAUGUAAACAUUUUACUUAAAAUUUACUGUUUGCAAGUAGUCUAUAGAAAUUUUGUUUUAAGUCUUCAAAUACCUUGGAAACAUAGUAGACUGUAUGUUGAAAAUUGUAUUGAAAUAAAGUAGGAAAUGUUCCAUACCAUAUUUGUAACUAUCAACUUUUAAAAACCUCUGUUUUUGUUACAUGCAUUGUAUUUCUGCUUUGUCUAUAAGGAAUGGUCAAGUCCAGCUCUGUGACAGCUCUGGUUCUCUUGCCUCCCUGUUUGUUAAUGUUUGAUUUUGAAGUGAACGUCAGCUCUGCACAAAUCCACACAAAACCUUGACCAGGCGUUGUUUAUAGUGACCACACUAAUUGUUUAACUGGACACAUCUGUUUAACAUCUUUUUUAAUUUGAACACACUACAUUGUAGGGCGACUAAUUUUCAAAACUACCACAAAAGUUGCUAUUCUGCUAAACUAAAACUAGUUUCACACUUCAGCAAAUAUAUAAAGACAAUAGCUUUGUUAAUAGCUAAAAAGUACAAAUUAUGAAAAGUUAGGAAGGUUUGAGAAAGUGGUAUUUUUACUGAAAGCAAGCAGUGGCCUGUAAAAGCAUUUUAAGAGCCUUUCCUGUAUGAAUUCAAAAUUGAAUAUUCUCUUCCAUUCUCAUUUGAUAGUUUGAGUCAUGGUCUUAGAUACCAACCACCUAGGAGAGAGAGAAACUGGUUUGUAAUAUCAGUGUAAGUAAAAAUCCUAAUUCCACAGCCCUGGUUGUAUUUUCUAAAAAACAAAAAACAGCAAAACUUGGGAGUCUUAUCCUGAAGCAUAAUUUGGUGCAGUCAUUAAGUACCUGAUUGGAUAGCUUACAUAUUUAUUGGAUACUCUGAACAGCUGUAGAUUAGUCCAUAAUUUAACCAUAUAAUUAGGUAGAUCCAGCAUACUGUUUAGUAGUUAAAUAAUUUGUUUUCUCUUAAUGUUACCAAUAAAAGAUUUUGACCGGAAGCUUGUAGCAUUGAUCUGACCUCCACCCCCCUUCCUCCAUUAUUUUAAGUUUAUAAAAUGACCGUUUUCUUUUCAUGUACUCUACUUUACCUAAAGAGAUAGAUAAUCUUCUUUGCUAUUUAAUAGCCCUUGGAGGGAUAAAGUUCAUGCUAAGACUGAUUUUUUUUUUUCUAAACAUGUUAAACCAGCCAUAUUGCAUCAAAUUAGUUGUAUACUUUUGCAUUUAAAGGAGAUAUUGCUUGUUCUAUUAAUGUAAACUUUUAAAACUUGUAAGUGUAUGGCUCUUUCAAAUUCUCUGUUUUGAUGAUUUACAAUGUGUCUUAGACUUUGAAUAUCUAGUGACAUUUGCUAAGAGCCUUUGGCAACAAAAUUAAAACCAAAAAGUCAACAUGUGAUAUGUUUAAGGUUUUCACUCAGUAUCGCAUGAUUUCUCCCCUUAAUUGUCUAUCUGGAAUUAUUUAGUAAAUCAGAAAAUAUCUGCAAAGCAACUUUAUUGCAUCAAUCUGGACAUAAUUAAUACCAUCCUGUUCAGAUUAAUACUUAAAUAUAAGAGCAAUAUGUAUUUAAUUUCCUCACAAUUUUCAUACCAUUCUGUUUUAUAUGAAUACAUUUAACUUUUAUUUUAACAGUUGGUUUUACACCGAAUCUUGGCAUGUUUACCUUUAUUUUUUCUACAAAGAAAAGUAGUAGAUUUACUGAAAAAUAAUUUAAUAGGGAGUAACAGGUUAUAUUUUAAGUGCGAAUGCACUGCUGUAACCUUUGGUUGCUUUCAUUUUAAAGUUAAAAAAGAAGAUCCCACUACAUUAAAGUAUGGUGAUAAGAACUCUUCAGUAGAACCCCACUGUGAAUCUUCUGUUUUUCAGAGCCAAACGUAAAGCAACCUGUGUGUAUUUUUUGAGAUCACUAUUUAUUUCCCAAUUCAUGACAUGUUACAAAGCUGGAUGGCUUCUCUUGGUAAAGCUACUUGAUUAUAAGUGCCAGGAAAAUAACUGUUAGUGGCUGCAUUAAUGUACUUCCUUUGCUCAGAGAAAAGAAAUGAAAAUGAACCAAAGGAUUUUUCCAGAAAAAAAAAAAGAAAGCAGUUUCUGAAGGCCAUGACUCAAUUCUUAGGUUUGUAUGCUUUUCAACAUCUUAGGCAUUUUAAUAAAAAGCAAAGCCUUUUCCAGUUGCACUCUAUUUAAAGGAAUUGAAAUUGUUAUUGUUCCCUUUUGUCACAGUUAAAAAUCAGUGUUGGGAAUUAAAUUAUAAUUUGAGGGAAAAAUAUUACCCCAUGAGAAUGAAUGUAGCUGGCUAAAUGAUUCUUAUUCAAGUGUGGUGUAUAUUUCAACAGGGACCCUUGUAAAUUGUCAUAUGCCAAUAAAGUGUCCUAAGUGGUAA